AUGAAAUCUCAUGAGAACAUCGUUAUACUUGUUGGGUUUCAUCCUGUAAUUGGAUUGAGCUAUUUAGAAACAAAAAAAAUUCACGAUUUUUGGUUUCUCUCUGGUUGCGAUUAUCCUCUCUCUUCUCUCUCUUCUUCCUUCGUCGGCGAUUCGAGUCCGUGGUUGCAAACGGUGGUUCGGUGUUCUUCCAUCAGAAACGUGCCCAAGCUUGUGCUCUUCAGCCGCGGAAAAUUCGACCGGAUUCUUCAAGAUCCGCCAUUAAUCGAUGUGCCAGAUAUUGAGAAACUAGCUCUCAAGUCUCAUGUCCUCAAUUCCACUGUUACGUUUCUUCCUCACUCUAAAUUCUGUGAAAUUCGUUCUCCCCUUGCUCUGUUCCUGAAUUGUUUUGGUUAUUCUUGUAAUGUAGAUAUGACUCCCUUGUACGACACCUUAACUGCAUCUUCGAUUUUGGAUUUGGAUCAAAACUUGCUUGCUUCUAUGCGUGCCAGUAACGAUGAGGAGCUUAAGAAGCUCCAUGGGAAGAUUAUGGACGAUGCAGAAGAAAAUUUGGGAGAAAGUGAAAUCCGUGAAGCUCAUCUCGCUAAGGCUGUUGCCGUGGGACAGAAGAUGGACUUGAAGGAGGUGACUGGGAAAGGAAGAACCGUUUAA